AGCAGCAGCAGCAGGAAGGGGAGGGUCGAGCUGAGCCAAGUGUCCUCCCUCCACCCUCUGUCCUCACUGCAACACCACAUGUGUUCUCCUCUGAGUGACUCCAGAGAGAGCGAGCAGUCAGCUGUGGACGUCCUUCAGAAGAAGACGGAGUGUGGACGCUCAGUGGAGCGCGGAGACAUGGACUUGUGCGUACUUUCUCUGGAGUUGUCGGGGAUGCUGCUGUUUGUCGGAGCGUGGCUCUGUGUCCUCACCACCACUCUCCUCCCACAGUGGCUGACCAUGUCCACGGCUCUGCUGCCUGUGGAGAGCUACGAGUUGGGCCUGUGGGAGACCUGCGUGGUCCAGGACGUGGGGGGGAUGGAGUGUCGGGCGUACGACAGCCUGCUGGGCCUCCCCACCGAUCUGAAGCUGGCCCGCGUCCUCAUGUGUGCCUCCCUGGCCGUCGGCAUGCUUGGAAUCCUGGUGUCCGUACCUGGACUUCACCUGGUCAACAGCUGCUCCAGAGCCAAGAGGACUCUGACCACAGUGGGGGCGCUGUUGGCUCUGCUCUCUGGACUUCUGUGUCUCAUCCCCGUCUCCUACAUGGCUCAUUUUGCCGUCACACACUUUUUUGACGACAAAGUUCCCGAUGUGGUUCCUCGCUGGGAGUUUGGAGACGCGCUGUUCUGUGGCUGGACGGGAGGUUUCCUCCUCAUGGUGGCCGGUCUGCUCCUGAUCGCCUCCUGCUGGUGUUGGCAGACGCAGCCUCGGCCCGCGGCGCCACAGCAGCAGCAGCAGCAGCAGCAGCAGCAGCGCAGGUACCAGACGAUGAACGCCAGGAAAGAGUACGUUUGAAGACAGAGACACGGAGACUGAGGACAAAAAUCACAAUCACACAAUCAAAUCGAAGCGCUUUAAGACAAACAUGUGAAUCUCUGAGAGGCUGCACAAUCAAAUGUUAGAUUUUAAAAGGAUAGUUUGGGGUUUUUUAAAUGUUGCACUAACACAUAGUCAACGCUGAGUGUGCUGUGAGCGCCCCCUGCUGUGGAGACACAAUGGAAAACAGUUUUUUGCCACUUUACAAAAGACACAGCUAAAAAAAUCUACGACAUCUUCUUCACACGUUCACGUCUUUAUCUCACUGUCAGACAGGAAAGUGAAGUUUGUAAUGCACUCACUCUCCCACACCAAAGUCCACAGAGAAAAUCAGUGAUUUCAGCUCACAGGGACACAGGAGCUGCUGGUCCUCUGCUGCCUCGUGUGGUCACUUUGUGUCACUGACGUCAAUCUGAACAAAAGGAUUUCAAACACUGAAGUGACAAAAUAAGACAUUAGAACUUAGUGAUGGAGGCAGCAGUGUGUGUGUGUGUGUGUGUGUGUGAUGUUAAAAUCACUGAUUUUCUCUGUGGACUUUGGUGUGGGAGAGUGAGUGCAUUACAAACGUCACUUUCCUGUCUGACAGUGAGAUACAUGUGACGAAGAUAACAGACUUAAACUGACAUAGAUUUUAUGAAAUGAAUCUUUUGUUAAGUGGAAUAAAAAAUAGUUUUUUCCUUUACGGACACUUUAAAAAACACUGAACUGUCCCUUUAAGGAAACCUGCUGUGACCAGUAAAGAUGAGUAUUUUUUUAAGAAUGUGUUUUGUAAGAAGUUUUUUCUUCCUCACGGUGAAACUGUAUCAGGAUGUUUCAGUGUUCGUUUGAUCUGCUUUAAAAGAAACAUGCUGUGAUUUUUAAAUUUUUCUUGAUACUAAAACACAUGUUUGUUUAUAAUGAUUCACAUUCACGUGCACACAUACUUCCUGUUUCUAUUAAAACUGAUACUGUUCUUGUU